CUCGACCACCACUACCGGUUACUGCCUUCGUCGCAGCCUCUCCUUCCUUCCUUUUUUGCUUCCAUCUCUUCUGGAUUCAUCUUCAACCCAACCCUUUCACUCUUCUCGCUUGAAUUUCAAGCACAGCAGCUACCCUUCUCUCUUGAAUUUUAUGCACAGCAGCUCCCCUUCGCACAGCAGCUCCCAAGCAGCUCCCCUUCACAAGCACACGCCUGCACACAGCCACCAAGCUCCCCUUCGGACAAGCCUGCGCCCAGCCGCCGAGGACGCGCGACGCCGCACGGGCCCGCAGCCCGCCGCUCGCUCGUCGCACGUGGGGCCCGCAGCCCCCUCACGCGCACGCCGCCGCUCGGGCCAGCAGCCGCCCCGCGCACCCCGGCCGCAGCACCGGCGACCCUCGUGCGCCUGCACCGGCCGCAGCUCCGGCGACCGAUUACUCGCGGCAGCGACGACGCCGGCGGCUACGAUUGGCAUUGACUUCUUGUCAAAGACCAUGUAUCUUGAAGACCGCACUGUUCGUCUACAGCUCUGGGAUACUGCAGGACAGGAGAGAUUUAGGAGUCUUAUUCCAAGCUACAUCAGGGACUCAUCUGUUGCAGUGGUUGUUUAUGAUGUAGCCAAUAGGCAGUCUUUUCUGAACACCUCAAGGUGGAUCGACGAAGUCCGCAACGAGAGGGGUGGCGAUGUGAUCGUCGUGCUCGUUGGGAACAAAACUGAUCUUGUUGACAAGAGACAAGUGUCCACAGAGGAAGGAGAGAGCAAGUCCAAAGAACUCAACGUCAUGUUCAUCGAAACCAGCGCGAAAGCCGGGUUCAACAUCAAGCCGCUGUUCCGCAAGAUCGCCGCGGCGCUGCCGGGGAUGGAGACGCUCUCGUCGGCGAAGCAGGAGGACAUGGUGGACGUGAACCUGAAGCCGACCUCCGGCCAGUCCAACUCGCAGCAGCAGGCGGGCAGUGGAUGCGCCUGCUAGGAACAAACAGUGCAAGCUCUGCACAUACGCGCGCCUGACAAACUUGAUAUCGUAACGCAGUUUUUCGGUAGUGUUGAUACCGCCCUUAAUUUCCUUAUGCUUCUUCUGUAGUGGAUGAAUCUGAAGGCUACCUUUAGGUCCCCCCCCCCCCCAAAAUUCCAUCUCGAUUUUGUGUACGGCGAAAGACCAGACGAUUUCUUACAGUUUCAUGUGUCCUGCUCUGUAUGGUUCAGAAAUAAGCUCUUGUAGUCU